GGAGAACAUGGUGGAUUACCUGGCCAACACCGAGAUCAACAGCCAGCGCAUCGCGGCCGUGGAGAGCUGCUUCGGGGCGUCAGGGCAGCCGCUGGCCCUGCCAGGCCGCGUGCUGCUGGGCGAGGGCAUGCUGACCAAGGAGUGCCGCAAGAAGGCCAAGCCACGCAUCUUCUUCCUCUUCAACGACAUCCUGGUGUACGGCAGCAUCGUGCUCCACAAGCGCAAGUACCGCAGCCAGCACAUCAUCCCGCUGGAGGAGGUGACGCUCGAGCCGCUGCCCGAGACCGCGCAGGCCAAGAACCGCUGGAUGAUCCGGACGGCCAAGAAGUCCUUCGUGGUGUCAGCGGCCUCCAGCACGGAGCGCCAGGAGUGGAUCAGCCACAUCGAGGAGUGUGUGCGGCGGCAGCUGCUGGCCACGGGCCGCCAGCCCAGCACGGAGCACGCGGCGCCCUGGAUCCCCGACAAGGCCACGGACAUCUGCAUGCGCUGCACGCAGACGCGCUUCUCGGCCCUCACGCGGCGCCACCACUGCCGCAAGUGCGGCUUCGUAGUCUGUGCCGAGUGCUCCCGAGAGCGCUUCCUCCUGCCGCGCCUGUCGCCCAAGCCCCUGCGCGUCUGCAGCCUCUGCUACCGCCAGCUGGCCGCCCCGAAGAGGGAGGAGGAGGAGCCGCGCGCGGGGGCCCCCGGGCAGCCGGCCCACUCGGCCGGGGCGGGCUGCGGGGCAUCCAGCGGGGACGAGGAGGACUCUGACGAGGACAAGGAGGGCAGUGGGGACGGCGACUGGCCCAGCCGUGUGGAAUUCUACGCCUCGGGCACCUCCUGGUCAGCCUUCCACAGCUGACC